CGGGAAACCAACACCCACCACAUGUUUAACCUGUUGUACACUACAUGCGACACAAAGUAAAAUUAAACCACAACUUCACUACUUGCACUCCCCUAGCCCCCCUUUUUUUUCCUCUUUCUCUCUUUCUCUCUCUCUCUCACCACACAAAUACAUACAAAUCAGUACAAAACAACAUCCUUAGCGCAUCAACGAUCAUGACCGCCCUCUUCAACUUCCAAUCCCUCCUUCUCGUCAUCCUCCUCACAAUCUGCACCUCGACAUACGCACACUCGGUGUUCCCGGGCAUAAUCGAUCGCAACAAGGAAAACUGGAUUGUGUCGCCGUUGUGGAAGGCGGCGAGGGUCGGGGAGAGGUUGAGUCCGUAUGUUAGUAUUGCGUGUGUGGUCAUGGCUACGCUCGAGUUCAUGGGAUAAUGUAGACUUUCUGUGUCAAGUGGGAUGGUACGCUAUAUUCUUGAACAGUAAGGUGACAGCCACCAUGGGCGUUUUUUUUUUGAAAGCGAGGCGUUGUGGGGGAAGUAUUUUGAUAUAAUAUAAAGAGCAUAUCGUGGCAUCAUCUCCAAAAAAACACAUGUCAUCUCUCGGCACAAACACCAA